UGUGAAAACCUUCAACUUGAUUCAUCAUUAAUGGCGAUUUUUAGCUUAAAAAAAAAAUCAACAAUCUGCGCUGGCAGUCUUUGGCCAUCUCGCUGGAAGAACUUUAACCCGCCAACGAAUAAAUAAAACAAGCACAUCGUCCGACAGCCGACGCACUUCUGGCAGCAGUUGAGUUCAACCUGUUUGUAGACUCACAGUCAACAGUCCGAGGGGGUCAGGCGGGGUGGGUGUCGGCCAGGAGGACUCGUGAGUUGGAAACUGACAAGAUUGUCGUCGGUGGUGCCCGCUGACUCGAACGCAGGACGAUGUUGUUGCGGCGCCUGAUGUUCCUCCCAGUGUUGUCCCCGUGGAGCAGGCCAACCACUCAAAAACUCCUUCCUCGCCUUCCCGCUGUGUGGCUGGCCGGCUUCAGGACCAACUCAAGCCUCGCCGAUGUGAAGGAGCGAACUCUCAUUGCUGUCAAACCCGACGGCGUCCAGCGUCGUCUCGUGGGGCAGAUCAUCCGACGUUUUGAGCAGAGGGGCUUCAAGCUGGUGGGCCUGAAAAUGCUGCAGGUGUCCGAGGGGCUCCUUGCUCAACACUACUGUCAACUGAUGCAGAAGCCCUUCUAUUCCAGUCUGGUGGAGUACAUGACCUCUGGGCCCGUGGUUGUCAUGGUGUGGGAAGGGCACAACGUGGUCCAGUCAUCGCGCGUGAUGGUGGGAGCCACCAACCCUGCCGCGGCCCCAGCAGGCACCGUCAGAGGAGAUUUCAGCCUUCAUGUCAGCAGGAACGUGGUCCAUGCCAGUGACUCCCUGGAAGGGGCGCAAAGGGAGAUUCAGCUCUGGUUCCAGGGAAAGGAGCUCGUCGAGUGGGACUGCUGGGACCAGACGUUGACUUGUGAGAAGUAAAGAUGCGAUCGCUUCUCUCGCUGUUGGCGCCUGCUGCUUGAAAGGUCUAAAUUCACCUCAGGAAAUGUGUUUAUGCAGACCAUAAAAAAAAGUAGAGUUUUUUUUUCUCCAGUUAA